CAGAGGAAGAGAAAAAGAAAAGGAGACGUCAUGUGUGGACUGUGUGGACGACAAUCAGUGCAGAUCUUUUGAUCUUUCAACCCUGAGCCGCCAUAUGGCAGCCCGAGCAUCCAGCAGGAGCCUCGUCGCCGCUGCCCCGAGCGAGGCACCAACUAGCGCAGCCCGUUCAUCCUGCCUCUUCAACGGCAAUGGUUUCGCCAUCUUCAUUCAGACACGAGGCUUCGAGCCGCCAUGUAAGUCCAGAUCAGCUGCAGACAGGCUCAUGCACUGCGCUUCUUUCUCCCUUCUGUCUGUGUGUCUUUGGGUGUGUGCUGUGCAGCGAAGCGGACGUGGUCGAAGCAGCACUUCAAGAUCAAGUUCCCCCGUCCCCUGGUGGAUCCUUUCGCCAUGCACGCGCUGCACCCCAUUAAGGAGUGGUGGCGGGAGAGGAAGCUCAGGCCCGACACCUUCAUGGGCUUCCCUGACGUCACCAAGAUCGCCCUCAGAGGCGGCAGCAUCUACCAUGAGAGAAUGGACCCUGUCACGCUGUCUGUGGUGAGUGAACGCACAGGAAGAAAGAAAGUGGCGUGAGUGAGGUGUGUUGGUUGGAUGUCCCUUGGUCGUGGGUGUGGGCGCAGAUAACGGACAAGUGUGUGCAGGAGAAUCUGACGGACGAGGAGAUCUGGUCCAAACUGUGCCAGCGGGCCCAGCAGAUCGUCAACCAGACUUACGAGCCUGACCUGGGUAAGCCACACUGCAGCAGACUGACAGUCACACACAAACACAACACAUCCCGAGUGAGUGCAUCUGUGUGUGUGUGUGUGUCGUGACUGACAGGUUUCAUCUACCGUGCCCAUGCGCAGAUCGACUGGUACGACCAGUACUUCGUCACGAGCUACCUGGGCCGCAUCCACAGGCGGCUGCACAUGUUCCAGCUCACCGACUGCGCACUCAUUGUCGAGGCCAUGGCAAACCCAAAAUUCUACAACGACAAGUGAGCAGAUGAGACGAGAUCAAGACGGUUCGGAGAGAGGAGAGCCAAGCAACUAUCAUAUCUGUGAGUGUGUGUGUGUCGUGUGUGUGUGUGCGAAGGUAUCUGGAGAUGAUCCUGGAUCACAUGGACAUCUUGCUGACGCACCGGGAUGACUUUCAAGUGCAACACUUGGCGACGGUCCUCCACAGCCUCAAGAUAUGCAACGUGCCGGAACAACGUGUCAUCCAUCCCAUAAGUACGUCUGUCUGUCUGUCUGUUGAUCCGUCAGCCAGUCCACUCAGCAACCAACGAGCAACACGCCAUGCCAUCUGUUCUGUCUCUCUUUCUGUUCGUUCAUCGAAAAGGCGCAUGGAUGCUCAAGCGUGACCUGUCAUCCCUGCACCCCUCGGCCAUGGCCAACACUCUCGAAGCUCUGGGCGCCCUUGUGCCACAUGAGGCCGACAGAGACCUGGCGUGGUCGCUCACACGCGAGCUGCGGCCCAAGCUGGAUGAGUGCUCUGCCCACGACCUCGUCAAGGUUGCCGGCGCCGUGGCGGACAUGCACCUCGACAACCAGACCUUCAUCGAGAACGUCAUGGCCAGGUGCGUGCGGCGGCGGGCUGGAAGCACCGUGUAUCAUCGCAUGGGUGCACAGCACAGGUGUGUGUUGGCAUUUUAUUGUCCACCAGGCUGAUCCCUCAUCGUCACAAGCUGUCCGCCGAGGAGGUGGCAUCGGCCACGUAUGCCUUCGCCAGGUGCAACAAAAGGUUCAGAGGGCUCUACGCGGAGCUGGCCAUCGGUACGGGAGGGAGCGAGGGAGUUCCCGGCCGCCAACUUCUUUCUGGUUUUCGCAGGUGUUCGCGAGACCAUCGAUGACAUGACCGCCACGGACCUGAGCAAAGCCACAUUCGGCUUCCUUUCUGCCGACAGAGAAGCCAAAACCGUGGAGGUCAGCCAGCCCAACCAGCCAGCAAAGAGGGAGGGAAGGAAGGAAAGCAGCACCAACACACAUGUGUGUAAUCAGGAUAUGUUGGUGCCGAAGAUUCGUUCGUGUCUGGGUGACUUUGAGAUGGAGCACCUGACGCUGCUCUUCGACGCCUGCAGCCGUGCGAGGGAGACGGUGAGGGGCGUCGAUGUGCUGGCCGGCCUGGCGCUACGACACAUACACAGACAGCUGCCUACCGCCACACCCAGCCAGCUCGCCACUCUCGUGGUCAGCCAGGCAGCCAGCAAGGACGAGACGAACGCUCGGCUCCUGAAGCACACACACGCUGCUUGUUUGCAUGGUGUGCGGUUUCUUUCUGUGUGCGUGUCCUGUCUGUCCACCGCAGCGAAGUGCUGCGUACCUGCAGCCGGAGGCGUCAGAGGUGCUGACGGACACCUUCACACACGCAGCCAAGGUGGGGAGGGGAGCCAGCAGGCGCCGCCCGCAUACGUACACAGCCAUGCAUCCAGGCCAGGCCCUGGCCUGCACGUGACGUGACGUGACGUGUAUCCUGUCUGUCCCGUCCUCCUCUGUCUGUCUCAGCACCUGCCAGAGUACUCAGAGUUCCAGCUGGGCAAGAUGUUUCUGGGUGUGGGCGCGCAAGACCCCUCUCACCUGCCCGCCCGUGAGUCUCUGAUGGACCAGCUGGUUGCCGAGGCGCCCCGUGUGCUCCAGACAGCCACCGCAGGCACUGUGCUCCAAAUGGUGACAGCACUUGCCAGGUGUGGACCUGCUGACUCCCUGCCUCCCUCCCUCCCCGCUCAUAGACAUCCAUGUGUGUGUGUGUGUGUGCGUAGGUUUCCCCCAGAGUAUGUCUCGAGGCAGCCCUCCUUCCUGACCGAGUGCACCUCUGCGCUUCGCGGGACGGUCCACAGUUUGGCGGCCCCCGGGCUGGUGGCCCUCUCCCGCGCCCUCUGGCGCCUCAACUGCACCGACCGACCGCUGUUCGACAAAAUCGGCUACCAGCUGGAAAUGAAGAGGUCCGUCUGGCCGAUCGUUCGUUAUGUAGGGCACCUUCCUUCACAUGGUGCAUGUUUGUUUGUGUGUGUGUGCAGGUAUGACCUGCCCGAUGGCGAGUUGGAGCGUGCUGCAGAGGCUUUCGACGGGUUAGGACUCCGUCGGAGGUUUCAGCUUGAGCCGCCCAGGGCGGUGCAGCAGGCCAGGCAAGGCCGAUAUGAAAAGCAAAGAGGCAGGAAGGCCAGAAUGGCUGGUGGCGAGGCGGCCACGGGUGUGAUGGAUGGUAGGGAGGGAGGGGAGGAUAGGCAGCCAGGAGAGGGGAGGGGGGAGGGAACAACUCAGGCAGUGUUCUGACCUAUGUAUGUAUGUAUGUGAUGCGUCCAUCGGCGUGAUGUGAAGUGGUGUGAUCUGGUUGGUGAGUAUUGUGUGCACGAACCUCGUGCACAGAGUAG